AUGGAAAUUGGCGAUCUUAUUAACAGGCGCAAAGUCAAAAAUGAAGAAGCAGAAAGGUUAUACAAGUUAGUUGGUGGUUGUUUUGUUGAUCUAAAAUUUGUUGCUGACGAAUCUCUAGCUAGACAAUCAUUUGAAGUUAUUGAAAAAUCAAUCUUAGAUGAAACCGAGAAGAAAUUUAGAAAUGCACAAAUCAAUCCAAAACAAAAAUAUCAUAAAGUAGUGAGAAAAAUUAUCAAUUCUUUAUUGGAAGCCAAAGAGCUUGAUUUUAUGACAUAUACAGAUUUUUUUGAUAAUGAUAAGGAGGCUGAUGAAAUAUUGGAAAAGAAUGUGUUUAUGUAUCAUUCGGAAACAAAUACUGUUACCUUUCAAUCUCAAUUGAUACCAGAUGAUCCACUGAUCUUACCCACUGAUGAAGAUAAUAUUAAUUCUAAUCAAGUAACAACUUCCAAUCAAGCAGAUAAAAUUUUAGAAUUCACAAUAGCAGAAAAUGGUGAAAGCGAGAUCAAAUAA